AUGAAACACACUUCAUCCGAAGCAGUUCCGUCUCUAUCAACCGUGCCUUCGUUCACAGACCAAUCACAGCCUGCCACGUCAUCUUCUUCUUCCUCAUCUUCCGCUGCGGCGGCGGAGGACCUCGCAAUAGGCUCUCGCGACGGAGGAAGCGCUCAGGAGACGGUAGUUGUGGAUCGGAAAAACGACUACUCCGCUGUAUGUAGAUGGACGGUGAACAAUUUUCCCAAAGUAAAAGCUAGGGCACUGUGGAGCAAGUACUUUGAGGUAGGUGGUUACGAUUGUCGUCUAUUGAUAUACCCUAAGGGUGAUUCGCAGGCUUUACCUGGUUACAUCUCCGUUUAUCUUCAAAUCAUGGACCCUCGCGGAACUUCUUCUUCGAAAUGGGACUGUUUCGCUAGCUAUCGUUUAGCAUUUGUGAAUGUUGCUGAUGAUUCCAAAACCGUUCAUCGUGAUUCUUGGCACAGGUUUACUGCUAAGAAGAAAUCACACGGUUGGUGUGAUUUUACGCCUGCUUCCACUAUUUUUGAUCCGAAAUUGGGUUAUAUGUUUAGUAAUGAUUCUGUAUUGAUAACUGCUGAUAUUCUUAUUCUUAAUGAGUCUGUUAAUUUUACACGCGAUAACAAUGAGGCGCAGUCUUCGGCUAUGUCUUCGUCGUCUUCGUCGAUGACUUCGUCAGUUGUUGCAAGUCCUGUUUCUGAUGUUUUGAGUGGGAAGUUCACGUGGAAAGUUCAUAAUUUCAGUUUGUUUAAGGAUAUGAUUAAGACGCAGAAGAUAAUGAGUCCGGUUUUCCCUGCUGGGGAGUGUAAUUUAAGGAUUAGUGUGUAUCAGAGUUCGGUUAAUGGUGUUGAUUAUCUUUCGAUGUGUUUGGAAAGUAAGGAUACAGAUAAGAAUGUUGUGUUGUCUGAUAGGAGUUGCUGGUGUUUGUUUAGAAUGUCUGUUUUGAAUCAGAAGCCUGCUACGAAUCACAUGCACAGGGAUUCUUAUGGUCGCUUUGCAGCUGAUAACAAGAGUGGUGACAAUACUAGCUUGGGUUGGAAUGAUUAUAUGAAGAUGUCUGAUUUCGUUGGGACGGAUUCAGGGUUUCUGCUGGAUGAUACAGCGGUUUUUAGUACCUCGUUUCAUGUGAUCAAGGAGUUUAGCAGCUUCUCCAAGAAUGGGGCUGUCAUUGGUGGGAGAAGUGGAGGUGGUGCGAGGAAGUCAGAUGGUCACAUUGGAAAGUUCACUUGGAGGAUUGAGAAUUUCACAAGGUUGAAGGAUUUACUGAAGAAGAGGAAAAUUACGGGUCUUUGCAUUAAGAGUAGGAGGUUUCAGAUUGGUAAUAGGGACUGUCGUCUUAUUGUUUAUCCCCGAGGGCAGUCUCAGCCACCAUGCCACCUUUCAGUGUUUCUUGAAGUUACGGAUUCAAGAAAUUCUUCAAGUGAUUGGAGUUGUUUUGUUAAUCAUCGGUUGUCAGUUGUAAACCAGAGAAUGGAGGAGAAAUCUGUCACCAAGGAAUCUCAGAACCGCUACUCUAAAGCUGCAAAGGACUGGGGUUGGCGGGAAUUUGUGACGCUUACUAGUCUAUUUGAUCAAGAUUCAGGUUUUCUUGUCCAAGACACUGUCAUUUUCUCAGCUGAAGUUCUUAUAUUGAAAGAGACAUCAAUAAUGCAGGAUUUUACCGAGCAUGAUUCUGAGUUAAACAGCAGCAGUUCCCUUCUUGAUAGUUCUGGGAAAAGAAGUUCAUUUUCAUGGAAAGUGGAGAAUUUCCUUUCUUUUAAGGAAAUAAUGGAGACUCGAAAAAUCUACAGUAAAUUCUUUCAGGCUGGUGGAUGUGAACUUCGAAUUGGUGUGUAUGAGUCAUUUGAUACCAUAUGUAUUUAUUUGGAGAGUGACCAGGCUGUUGGUAGUGAUCCUGAUAAAAACUUCUGGGUCAGAUACAGAAUGGCUGUUGUGAAUCAAAAAAAUCCAGCCAAGACUGUAUGGAAAGAAUCUUCGAUCUGCACAAAAACUUGGAAUAAUUCUGUAUUGCAAUUCAUGAAGGUGUCUGAUAUGUUAGAAGCAGAUGCAGGAUUUCUUGUCCGUGACACUGUUGUUUUUGUGUGUGAAAUAUUGGAUUGCUGCCCUUGGUUUGACUUUUCAGACUUAGAGGUUUUUGCUUCGGAGGAUGAUCAGGAUGCAUUGACAACUGAUCCCGAUGAACUGAUAGACUCUGAAGACAGUGAAGGGAUAAGUGGAGAUGAGGAAGAUAUUUUUAGAAAUCUUCUUUCCAGAGCUGGAUUUCAUUUAACUUAUGGAGAUAAUCCUUCACAGCCACAGGUUACAUUAAGAGAGAAACUUUUAAUGGAUGCUGGUGCAAUUGCUGGGUUUCUGACUGGACUUCGGGUGUAUCUUGAUGAUCCUGCAAAAGUAAAGCGUUUGCUUCUGCCUACGAAGCUCGCUGGAAGUUAUGAUGGGAAGAAGGCCACAAAGGCUGAUGAGUCUUCCCCAAGUUUGAUGAAUUUGCUGAUGGGAGUUAAAGUCUUACAGCAAGCAAUCAUUGAUUUACUAUUGGAUAUAAUGGUCGAGUGCUGCCAGCCUUCUGAAGUGGGCCCUGUUGCUGAUUCUGUCGAUGAAUGCUCAAAGCCUUCUCCAGACAGCAGUGGAACUGCUAGUCCUCUUGAACGUGAUAAUGAAGAUAGAGUAGUGGAGUCUCCACAAGUUCUUGUUAAUGAGAGGUUGAAUUCUGCUGUCGAAGAAAGCAGUACCACGUCUUCUGUACAUAGCUUUGAUUUAAAUGGGAAUGGUAUUCAGGAAAAAACUCUUCCUGGACAGCCUACUUGUCCACCAGAAACAUGUGCCACUGUUUCAGAAAAUGCGUCAUUUCGGUCAAAGACCAAGUGGCCAGAGCAGUCUGAGGAGCUCUUAGGUUUGAUUGUAAACUCACUAAGAGCUUUGGAUGGGGCCGUUCCACAAGGUUGUCCAGAGCCAAGACGGCGACCUCAAUCUGCGCAGAAAAUUGCUCUUGUAUUGGACAAGGCUCCUAAGCAUUUGCAAGCAGAUCUUGUUGCUUUGGUACCCAAAUUGGUUGAGCAGUCAGAACACCCAUUGGCUGCACAUGCACUUCUCGAGCGUCUGCAACAGCCAGAUGCCGAACCUUCUUUGCGAAUGCCUGUUUUUGGGGCUCUUAGUCAAUUGGAAUGUGGCAGUGAAGUGUGGGAACGCAUUCUAUUUCAGUCAUUUGAGCUUUUGACGGAUACAAAUGACGAACCCCUGGUUGCAACAAUAGAUUUUGUAUUUAAAGCAGCAUCUCAAUGUCAGCACCUCCCCGAAGCAGUUAGGUCUGUUCGUGUCAGGCUGAAGAGUUUAGGUCUUCAUGUGUCACCUUGUGUCCUUGAUUUUUUGAGUAAGACUAUAAAUAGUUGGGGUGAUGUUGCUGAAACCAUAUUGAGGGAUAUUGAUUGCGAUGAGGAUUAUGGUGAAAGUUGCACUGCUCUACCGUGUGGGAUUUUCUUAUUUGGUGAGCCUAGCACUGCUGCUACUGGACUGCACAUGAUUGAUGAGCAGGCUUUUCGUGCUAGUCGUCAUUUUUCUGAUAUUUAUAUACUAUUAGAAAUGUUAUCUAUACCUUGUCUUGCUGUUGAAGCUUCUCAAACAUUUGAGAGAGCUGUAGCACGAGGUGCAAUAGGUGCUCAGUCUGUAGCCCUGGUAUUAGAAAGUCUUCUUUCCCAAAGAUUGAACAGUAAUGCCAGAACCGAAAAUUUUCAACAUUCAGAUGGUGCAACAGAGGAGGAUGCCUGUGAGCAAUUGGGAGUUCAAAGGGAUGAUAUUACAUUAGUUCUUGGUCUCGCUGAAACUUUGGCCCUCUCCAGGGAUCUCUGUGUCCAAGAAUUUGUGAAACUACUCUACGUGAUAAUCUUUAAAUGGUAUGCUAAUGAAUCUUACCGGGGGAGGAUGCUGAAGACGCUUGUUGACCGUGUCACCAGCACUACUGAUAAUGGUCGCGAAGUAGAUUUUGAUUUGGAUAUCUUAGUUACUUUGGUCUGUGAGGAACAGGAGUAUAUUAGGCCUGUUUUGAGUAUGAUGCGUGGAGUUGUCGAACUUUCAAAUAUUGAUCGAGCUGCUCUGUGGCACCAGUUAUGUGCUAGUGAAGAUGAAAUUAUCCGCGUUCGUGAAGAAAGCAAAACGGAGAUUUCUAAUAUGGCUAAGGAAAAUGCUAUUCUAUCACAAAAGCUGAGUGAAUCCGAGGCCACAAACAGUCGUCUCAAGUCUGAAAUGAAGGCUGAGGUAGAUCGAUUUUCUCGGGAAAAGAAGGAACUAGGAGAACAAAUUCACGAAGUUGAGAGUCAGCUUGAAUGGCAUCGCUCAGAGCGGGAUGAUGAAAUAUUAAAGCUCUCUGCAGAGAAGAAAGUUCUUCAUGAUCGUUUGCAUGAUGCAGAGACACAACUUUCUCAAUUGAAGUCUCGGAAACGUGAUGAAGUAAAGAAAAUAGUAAAGGAGAAAAACACACUUGCUGAAAGAUUGAAGAAUGCUGAAGCUGCACGCAAGCGUUUUGAUGAAGAAAUGAAAAGAUUUGCAACAGAAAACGUGACUCGGGAAGAAAUCCGCCAAUCGCUGGAGGAUGAAGUUCGUAGAUUGACUCAAACAGUUGGACAAACCGAGGGAGAAAAACGGGAAAAGGAAGAGCAGGUUGCAAGGUGCGAAGCAUAUAUUGAUGACAUGCAAUCAAAGUUGCAGGCCUACCAGCAACACAUCCUCUCCGUUGAGACCUCACUCCAGGAGGAAAUGUCACGACAUGCCCCAUUAUACGGUGCUGGUCUGGAGGCUUUAUCAAUGAAAGAGUUGGAAACAAUAUCACGUAUUCAUGAAGAGGGUCUGAGGCAGAUCCACGCCCUUCAACAGCGUAAAGGGAGUCUGGCUGGGAGUCCAAUUUUGAGUCCCCAUGCUCUCCCUCACAGCCAUGGAUUAUAUCCUUCUGCAACCAUAGGCCUUCCUCCCUCGAUCAUCCCAAAUGGAGUAGGGAUCCAUAGCAACGGGCAUGUGAAUGGUGCGGUAGGACCUUGGUUUAACCACCCUUGA